AGAGCAGAGCAUCGGAUUUAGUUACUUCUCCCUCUCAUCAGUAGUAUUUAAGGAUCUUCUCCGUAUAUUUCUCCUUUCAUCUCUCUGUGUCUGCGAUUCUAGACACAGAAGAAUACAAGAAGAAGAAGAAGAAGAAGAUGAAUACAACAAGUUAUGGGUUUGUUUUUAUUAGUUUGUUAUUAUUGUUAACAUUCACACCAUUGAGAAUUCAUGCAUCAGAAACGAAAGAUGAUCUAGUGGAGCUGACUCUGGUUCAAAAUGCUACAACUCUAGGAGCUGUUUGUUUGGAUGGGAGUCCACCUGGUUAUCAUCUAGACAGAGGAUACGGUUCUGGAGCAAAUAACUGGCUUUUAGUCUUUGAGGGAGGUGGUUGGUGUCAUACUAUUAAGGAAUGCUUGGAAAGAGCCACAACGCAUAGAGGGUCGACUACUCUUAUGGACAAACAGAAGCAUUUCUAUGGCAUCAUGAGCAAGAACGCAUCCUUGAAUCCUGAUUUUUAUAAUUGGAAUCGAGUUAAGAUUAAUUAUUGCGAUGGAGGGUCAUUUUCUGGGGACUCUAUGUAUCAAAAUGGGACAGACAUAUUAUACUUUAGGGGCCAGAGGAUAUGGAAGGCAAUCGUUGAUGAUCUUCUUCCCAAGGGUUUGAAUGUUGCAGAUAAGGCUCUUCUCUCAGGUUGUUCUGCUGGUGGUCUCGCAACUUUCUUGCACUGUGAUAACUUCACUAGCUAUUUACCCAAGACUGCCACUGUAAAAUGCAUGAGCGACGCUGGGGUUUUCCUUGAUAUAAUGGACAUUAAUUUGAAUUACAAAGCAAGGGAAUUUUUCAGAAAACUUGUUGUUCUACAGGGCGCGGAGCAGUUUCUGAAUGAAAACUGUACUACUUCACGUUCACUAGUAAACUUACAUGGUGAACAGAAGUUUCCAUAUCAGUGCUUCUUUCCACAAUAUGCUUUGCCUUAUGUCAAAGCACCAUAUUUCAUCUUAAAUACGGUUUAUGAUGAUUACCAAAUUGGUCAUCAUCUCGUUCCACCUUAUACUGAUCCGAACAAAGUUUGGGAGCAAUGUAAAAACAAUCAUACAGCGUGUAAUCAACAUCAGCUUAAUAUAUUACAAGGUUUUAGAUCUGAAAUGAUUAAUGCUCUGAAACACUUUAACGAGUCCAAGUCGGGAGGGAUGUUCUUAAAUUCAUGUUUCGCUCACUGCCAAGCCGAAUCCGAUGAUACAUGGUUUGCUCCAGAUUCCCCAAGAGUUGACAAUAGGACGAUAGCAGAGGCAGUUGGCGAUUGGUACUUCGAGAGAAGGGAAACCAAGUUGGUUGGCUGUGAUAAAUAUCCUUGUGAUGGUAGUAGCUGCCACAACACUAAAGGUUAAAGGGUAUUCAUACACUGACAAAGACCUCUGAUGAAGUUGAUUCUCGUUUCUUCUGGUGUGAAUUCAUCAGCCUCGAUAUUAAUGUUUUCAUUCAUUGAUCUUAUAAUAUAUAUAUACAUGGACAUAAAGAAAUUUUUUCUAGGGCGAAGUUCAGUUGAACAGAUUAAGAUUUCUUCUCAUAUGCCAAAGCACUGAAGUAGAAAUUAAGCGAUUUCUGAUUAAGGAAAGUAAACGAAAAACGGUUGAGGUGGAUUACUCGAUAGCAACAGUCAUCAUCAUUCAUGCAUCAAUGUUAUGCAGAAUGUUCUGUUUCUUACAAAAUCACAUUGUCUUCUUUGAUGCCAUCAGUGUACAAAGUUGUCAGUCAUCUGUACUGCUUUAAAAUUUUGGUGCUUGUUGCUUGUUACUCACUAUCAGUGCGCUUUACUUUUUGAAAAAUAUUUGUACCUAAUAAUAUGAUCUAUCAUUAGAGUUUCUCCGAUGAAA